CCACCACACAGAAAUGGAGGAAGAGAUGAUGCAACAGCUCAGAUCCAAGGCCACAGAGCUUCUCCUCAGAGAAGAAUGGGAUGAAUCCAUCCCAGCCUAUUCUCACUUCAUCUCACUCUGCCUAGAUCAAAUAUCCAAGAAAACCCAUCAGAACCCUGACCCGAAUCACCACUCAAAUCUCAACAAAUCCCUCUGCUUAGCCCUCUCCAACAGGGCCGAAGCCCGGUCCCACCUCCGAAAUUUUGCAGAAGCAUUGAGAGAUUGUGAGCAAGCACUCGAAAUCGAGAGUGCCCAUUUCAAGACUCUGCUUUGCAAAGGUAAGAUCUUGCUCAGUCUCAAUCGGUAUGGAAUGGCUCUGGACUGCUUCAAAUUGGCUCUUCUGGAUCCCCAAUCUGGUUCAAACUCUGAAUCCAUCAAUGGGUAUUUGGAGAAAUGCAAGAAACUUGAAUUCUCUUCAAGAACUGGAGCUUUUGAUUUAUCUGAUUGGAUUCUAAAUGGGUUUCACGGGAAGUCUCCAGAAAUCGCAGAGUACAUUGGUGUGGUUGAAAUCAAGAAAUCCCAUAUAGGUGUUGGGCGUGGCCUAUUUGCAACAAAGAAUGUUGAUUGUGGUACUUUGUUAUUAGUUACCAAGGCAAUUGCCACUGACAGGGGUAUAAUGCCCAAUUCCAAAGAUGAAGAUUUGGGGGGCAAUACCCAAUUGGUUAUGUGGAAGAAUUUGAUAGGUAAAGUUGUUGAAUCAUCCACAAAAUGCCACCGAACCCAUCAAUUGAUUCACAGUUUGUCUACCGGCGAAGAAGAGGAUACACUUGAAGUGCCAGAUGUUAGUCUAUUUAGGCCUGAAGCAGAGGAGAGUGGGUUUUUGAAUGAGAAUCUUGAUAUGGGUAGAAUACUAAAAAUAUUGGAUGUGAAUUCUCUAGUUGAGGAUGCGGUUUCAUCAAAAGUUUUGGGCAAAACCAGCGGUUACCAUGGUGUUGGGCUAUGGCUACUUCCCUCCUUCAUCAACCAUGCAUGCAACCCUAAUGCACGGCGAUUGCAUGUUGGUGAUUACAUGAUGGUUCAUGCUUCUAGAGAUAUUAAGGCAGGUGAAGAGAUCACAUUAGCGUAUUUUGAUGUGCUAACACCUUUGAGCAAUCGUAGAGAAAUGGCGACAACUUGGGGAUUUGACUGUUGUUGUAAGAGGUGCAAGUUUGAGGAGGGUAUUUUGGGAAAACAGGAGAUGAGGGAGUUUGAGAUAGGUAUUGACAGGGGAUUGGAAGUGGGAGGGAUGGUUUAUCGGUUGGAGGAAGGCAUGAGAAGGUUGAAUGCAAGGGGAAAGGAAAAGGGCUAUUUGAGAGCAUCUUUUUGGGGAGUUUAUUCUGAAACGUUUGAGUCUGAGAAGUCAAUGAGGCGAUGGGGGAGGCGGAUUCCGGCAAUUGAGGUUGUCGUGGAUAGUGUUGCGGAAGCUGUGGGAAGUGAUGAGAGGGUUUUGAAGGUGGUGAAGAAAGGAUUGAAGAGAAAUUGCAGUGGCGGUGGCGGUGGGAUGGUGGAGAUGGAGAGAACAAUAAAACUAGGAAGAGGAGUGUAUGGGAAGGUUAUGAAGAAACAAGCAAUGAGGACUCUACUUGAGCUUCAAGAGUAAAAGCUAUUUGUCUAAUAGCUAUUUGUACUUAGGAAUUUUUUUCUCAGUGUUUAGGCACAAUUUGUUCAGGUUUUCUUGACCACUAAUUGUUUUCCAUUGAAGUUAUCAGAGAAGUUGACUUCCAAAGCAUUGAAAAGUAUAUUUCUCAUGGAUAAGUCUGAGCUAGUCCAAUUAAAUGACAGAAGCAUCCAGCAUGGUUUCACAGUUGUCUUUCUUUCAAACCAUUUUGCAAUGUAUGAUGAGCAAUGCUACUAACACACCUUUAAACA